AUGACAGAGACUGCAGAAUACUACAAAAAUAAUGGCAAUAAACUUUACAAGGAAAGGAAAUUCGAUGAAGCACUGGCUCAAUAUGAUCUGGCAAUUGAGUUGGACCCUAAUGACAUUUCGUUUUUAACAAAUAAAGGUGCUGUCUAUCUAGAGAUGGGAGAAUACCAAUUAUGCCUAGAUGUCUGUCAACAAGCGUUAGAUAGGCGAUUUGAAGUAAAAGCUGAUUUUACAAAAGUUGCUAAGGCAUAUAACAGGAUGGCGUCAUGUUAUAUUAAAAUGAAUGAGUUACAAAAGGCAAAAGAAAUGUACGAAAAAAGCUUGUUAGAGGAUAAUAACAGGCACACAAGAACUUCUCUUAAAGAGCUUGAGAGGUUAAUUGAGAAAUCAGAAAGAGAAGCAUAUAUUAAUCCCGAAAUUGCAGAAAAGCAUCGCAUUGACGGAAAUGAUUUAUUUAAACAAAAAAAUUACCCUGCUGCUAAGAAAGAGUAUGACGAGGCAAUCAAACGUAAUCCAAGUGACUCCAGAUUAUAUAGCAACAGAGCAGCUUGUUAUAUGCAACUAUUAGAAUACCCCUCUGCACUAUUAGAUGUACAAAAAGCUCUUGAUAUAGACCCAAAGUUUACUAAAGCUUGGUCCAGAAAAGGAAAUAUUCAUUUCUUUUUAAAAGAGUAUCAUAAGGCGUUACAAGCAUAUCAAGAGGGUCUGAAAUGCGAUCCUGACAACAAAGAAUGCAAUGAAGGUCUAAAAAAUACAAUUGCAAAAAUACAGCAAGUCUCUUCCUCUGAUAAAAUUGACGAGGAGCAGGUAGCCCAUGCACUUGCUGACCCAGAAAUACAAUCACUACUUUCGGACCCUCAGUUCAGAUUGGUUCUAGAACAGCUCAAACAAAAUCCUGCAGCCCUUACACAAGUUAUACAAGAUCCAACGAUAGCUAAUGGAAUUCAAAAAUUGAUGGCCGCGGGUAUUUUAAGAAUGGGUUGA